UUCUAAUAAAUAAAUAUAAAUAAUAUUUAUAUUUUCAUUUUGAAGAUUAAAAUCAAUAAUCAUGCCUCGCGCUUCUAAAAGGAAAUCUGAACCCAUUAGAUCAUCAGAGCCUGCCGCAAAGAAAGUCGCAAAGGAAGUGGAACGUAUAGACAACUUUUUUGCGUCAUAUGCUAAUACUUCAACAGGCAUGAUCGACCCCGAAGGGAUUGAGAAGCUUUGUUCUGAUCUGUCUGUUGAGCACACUGAUGUCAGAAUUUUGAUGCUUGCUUGGAAAUUGAAAGCUCAGAAGCAGGGAUACUUUACACAGGACGAAUGGCGGGAGGGUCUAAAAUCACUGCAUGCUGACACUCUUAAGAAGCUGAAAAAUAAACUUUCUGAGUUGCAGAAAGAGGUGGCUAUGCAAGAAAAUUUUGAGGAUUUCUAUAGCUUUUCGUUUCGAUACUGCCUAACUGAAGAUAAACAGAAGACCUUGGAUAUUGAGAGUGCUUGCAUGUUGCUCGUUCUUGUUCUAGGGCCCAAUUAUCGAAGUCAGGUUGAUUCAUUUGUCGAGUUCCUAAAGAUCCAGAAGGAGUAUAAGGUGAUAAACAUGGAUCAGUGGACAAACUUUUUGCGUUUCUGUCAAGAGAUAGAGUUCUCAGACCUUAAGAAGUACGAUGCCUGCCAAGCAUGGCCUUUAAUUCUUGACAAUUUUGUUGAAUGGUUGAGAGAAAAGUCCACAUCAGCAUAACUCUCCAUCUAUGACCUCCCCCAUUGUAUGUUGCUGGUUAUACAAGGAAUCAUAUACAAUGAUUUCGCUUACAAAUGUCGAUUUUGCUGGGAAAUGAGAAUGAAUACCUUUUGUCAACCAUGUGCUCACUUUGUUGUGCCAAAAGGCACCUCUUUAGACGUCUCUUCUUAGAUUUUGUUUAUCAGUCUUACAUUGUUGAACGUAAAGCAAUGUUAAUCUCAUACCCAAAUUUGAUGACUUUGGUUAUGUGAUAUGGGGGUGGUUUGAUAAUUUGAGAUGUCGUGGAAGCCUGGAAUAUAUUUUUUGAUAAUUGGUUCAUGAUUUGCUUUGGU